AUUUGUAUAAAUUUGAUGUCUUCUGAAUAAAAAUGCUGUUUCUUUGAGGAAUUAGUGUAAAUUGAACCCAUUUUCAUGCAAAUAAGAUUAGAAAACAAAAUUAUGUAGUCUUUGAACAGGAAUGGAAAUGGAUAUCUCUUUAUGUUCAUUUUCAGCAGUUAUGUAAACCGUAACGCCUCUUUCUUUUAGUAAGAUAAAUCAAAAUAUAACACUUAAUACUGGGACUUUUGAUAAGGGAUCCUCCCAAAAAAAAAAACGCAAGUAGGUGCUAAGAGACCAACGGAGGGCUUGACUAAAGCGACGAAUUUCAAAUUCUUUCCAUGAGAAGUAACCGAAUAACCAGGAAGCUAUAUAGGUUUCUUCUUCGUUCUUUCCCUGAUUGCAUCAUUAGAUAAAUUAGUUAAUAGUUGUGGAGGAGAGAUACUCGUUUAAAUUAAACGCAGAAUUUGUUUAAACAACUAAAGCUUGCUGAACAGGCAACCAUUUAAAUAUAAAUGAUUUUACAUCCUGUAACUUAAUUCCUUGUACACCUCUGAGCUCUGUCAAUAAAUGCCUAAAAGCUUCUAGGGUUGAUCAGGUAGUUUAACUUUUUCCCUACUCUACUCAGGGAUAAAGGCAUUACUAGGAAACGAAGGUAACUGUUCCAUUUGGCUACGAUGUUAAAUCAUCCAAUUAUUGGUCUCAAUUACCUUUUUCAGUUAAAUCAUAUUCUUACUUGUUGCAAUUACCUUUUCUUUUUCAGUCGUUCUUUAGCCGAGGGUCUAUCGGAAACAGCCUCUCUGUCCUUCCAGGGGUAGGGGUAGGGGUAAGGCUGCGUACAUCUUACCCUCCCCAGACCCCACUUGUGGGAAACUACUGGGUUUGCUGUUGUAACUUAAAACUUCUCAAGGAUUUUAUAUUUCAUUAUUCCCCUCUACUUUUUUGCCCCAUCUAUCGAGUUUUUUAUUCUAGCUAAUAGUUUUUUUGGGGUUAAAAUUGUCCAAAUAUUGUUUGCUAGAUUAGUUACUGAUAAUUAAGUGAAUUGAGCUGUGUACUUGGUGUUCUCUGUAAGGUUUUACACUAUGCAGCUUAAAGAUCGGUUACUCAGAUUUCCUAAGAUAAAGCAUCGUGCCAACAUGACCCAAUAUCUUGGUUCUAUUAGAGGCAUUGUUUGGUAUAUUAGAGUUUCUAGGCCAUCUAAUGUGGAUCCGGCUGUUAUCAAGGGAGCCAUGGGUGCUGAAAUUGCGCAGUCACAUUGUCGGCACUUUCAUGUGCUACCUGCUGUUGAUGAACUUGCAGGAUUUCAGAAUUUCAGGUCCAAAGUUUAUAAAGCUGAAUUAUUAUGGCAUGCUGAGCCAUUAUUUACAUAUGAUAAGAUAAACUUCUACAAUCUGGAGCUGAACAAUACUAAUUCAUAAAGAGCCAGUUAACACUAAAUAAGCUGUGCAAUCUGCAAACGGACACCAUCCAGUUGAGGAUUGAUAACAUUGCCAAGGUGGUGCUGGCCUAUAAAACCGUAUUUGGUUAAUAGCUGUUUUUUAAGUCAUAAGCAAUGAAUGAAUCAAUUCUUUUGUAGAUGUUUUGAUCUGUUGUACAUCAUGUGCAGAUUAGUGAUCACACAACAUAUGACUUCAUUGAGAAGAAUGGGGUGGUUUUUGUCCCACCUCAUUUUUCCCGAGGGGAUAGGGAGUUUUUCCAAUUAAAGUGACAUUAUUCGAAAUGAGAUUAUUUAUUUAAUUUCA